UACUGACAUAAAAUCUACAAACUUACGGUUCGGUCUAUAAUUCGCUACACAAGCUUGUCGAGAUAUAAAUUGAAUUAUUGCAUAAAAAAGCAUGAAUUUAAGUGAAUCUGUUUGAAAUUAGUGUCGUUGUAGAGAGAAAUAAGGACAAAUGCGACGUAAAUAAGUUUCAAUAUGAUGUAUUUAUCGCGAAACAUUUUAAGGUUAUGUCGUAAACAAAAUACAAUUUUUGUGAAUUUCAAUCACACGUACGCCGCAAGUGACACAAAAAGUAAUGAAAAAUGCAAAAAUAAUAAAAAUUUUAAAGUAUUAUUUGAAGAAAAUAAAAAUAAAAUUGUUUUCAACUCAUAUUUAGAACACGAAAAGAUAGACUUAGGUUACUUCAGAUAUCAUUUAAAAACAAUCAGAAGAGCUAGGAAAAACGAAAGAAAAACCCUCGAGGAGAAAAGUUUACCGCCGUUACCAGUAUCAUUGAAAUAUUAUGUUGAUAAUAAUAGACUGUUAGAAGAAAAAUCGAUUGAAUAUAGCGGCGAAACAACGAAGGCUUCCGUGUUUCAAUUGCCGUACGCUACAUCGACGCCCAUAGAAAUCGGUGAUGAAACUGAAACCUUAGCCGAUACGAAAGAUGUAAUUGUACCUGAUAAAAUUCAACAUGUGCAAAGUGUUGAAACAGAAGAAUAUGACCGUACAAAUAUUAGCAAAUGGAUGACAAACUAUGAACAUUUUGAUGAUACAAAAUUAUCGGAGGAGGAAGAAUGGGAGGAAAUUGAUAACAAAUGGUUAGAGCACUAUGGAACUCCGGAUCCCACAAGCGGCAUAAGUAAUGUGCCUUGCGGGGGCUGUGGUGCGCUUCUACAUUGUAGCGACCCUGGAAUCCCUGGCUAUUUGCCGAGUGAGAUAUAUAAAGGAUGCAGCACUACAGAAUUGAAGACUACUGAAUGCCAGCGAUGCCAUUUUCUCAAGGAAUAUAAUAUUGCAUUGGAUGUGACUGUGCAAUCUGAGGAAUAUGAAAGGUUGCUUCAAUCUAUCAGGUAUGUCAAGUCCCUGGUAGUACUCAUGGUAGAUUUACUGGACUUCCCAUGUUCCAUUUGGCCCGGCAUUGUGGAUGUUAUAGGAAAGGAGAGACCUAUAUUCCUUGUUGCUAACAAGGUUGAUUUACUUCCUGGUGACAGUAUUGGCUACUUGAAAAGAAUAAAAGAAUCCCUAAUGGCAGAGGUGAAAAAGACAAAACUCGGCGAAGGCAACAUAAAAUAUGUGGGACUUAUCUCAGCCAAAACUGGAUAUGGUGUUGAGGACUUAAUCACGGCUAUGUUUAAGAUGUGGUUAUACAAAGGAGACGUAUUUCUAGUUGGUUGUACUAAUGUCGGAAAGAGUUCGCUAUUCAAUGCAUUAUUACAGUCAGAUUAUUGUAAAGUACAUGCAAUUGAUAUAGUUAAAAGGGCAACUGUCAGUCGAUGGCCGGGAACUACUCUUAAUUUACUGAAAUUCCCUAUAAACCGACCAUCCGCGUGGAAAUUGCAGCAACGGAGGGAAAGAUUACAAUCUGAAGCACAUUUACUGAAUGUCGAAAGGGAAAUAAGAAAUGCCCAAGUGCAAGAAAAGAAAUUCACCGAAGCUCCAUCAUUGAUGGGACAUAUUGGCCGGACAUUUGCAGACUAUGAAUUGUUACAGGACAAUAUUCUGGAGAAACGCCAACCACUUAAGGUUUUGGAUGAAAAACACGAGCUUUUCGUUAAAAGCAAAUGGUUCUAUGACACCCCGGGUGUCAUUCAUCCCGACCAAGUUCUACCUUUGCUGAGUACCGAAGAACUGCUGCUAACAGUGCCAAAGAAGUUACUCAGACCUCAAACAUAUUAUUUGAAGAAAGGGUACUCUUUCUUUAUCGGAGGUUUGGCGCGAGUCGAUCUUGUGGACUGUUUGGCGCCUUGUAGGUUUACGAUAUUCUGCUCAGAAUGCUUGCCUAUAACUGUGGUGCGAACGGAUGAUGCUGACGAGGUAUACGACAAAUUUGUUGGCACAGAGCUGUUCGCUGUGCCGACUGGUGAUAUGGAAAGACUGAAGAGGUGGCCUGGACUGAAGAGGUGUGAUAACGUGUUGGAGUUUACUGGGGAGGGGCCGAAGUUGUGUUGUGGGGAUAUUGUUUUGUCAUCGAUCGCUUGGGUGGCGGUUACAGCUAAACCGGAUACGUUCUGUGAGGUUGUCGCCUGGACCCCAGAAGGGAGGGGCAUACAUAAACGGUACCCCUCGGUGCUACCGCACUCUGUCAGGCUAAAAGGCACACGGGUAAGAGACACGCCCGCGUAUAAAGUAGGUAAAGUGUUUGUGGAAGAAUAAUGUAUCGAAUAUUAAAUUUGUAAAGCUUA